UCUCUUUCUAUAUCAUCUUCUUGCUUCUUCACAUUCUAGAGAGAGAGUACGUAGAGAGAGAGAGGAACAAGAAAAAAAAAGAGUUACAGAGGGACGAGGGUUUGUAAUUUGUUUGCUUUGUUCUGCUGCUGCCAUUUCUGAUUAGGGCAAGGCUUUUGUAUUAUCGAUCGAUUCAUAAUUAGGGUACAGAAGAACCAAAACAACCCCCAAAUUCCAAAUUUCAAUUUCAAUUUAGGGCACAGAAAUUAGGGCUCCAUGAAUUCCAACAACUGGCUUUCUUUCCCCCUCUCCCCCACCCACCCCUCCAUCCAGCCACAGUCCCACCACUUCUCCCUAAACCUCGUCAACGAAACCUCUUUCCACAAUCAAGGUUAUGCAGAUUGGAAUUUAAUCAACACACACGACAGCAACGAAGUCCCCAAAGUUGCAGACUUCCUCGGAGUCGGGAAAUCCGAGAAUCAAUCCGACCUGGUCUCGACCUACAAUGAAAUCCAGUCCGGCGGCAAUUCCGGCUACCUGUUCUCCGGCGGCGGCGGCCUUGUCUCCGUUCAGAACACGGUGGCUGUCGCCGGCGCCGGCGCUUCCGCCGCAACGUUCGACACUAAUCUCCAAGAAAAUACUUCCAACAAUAUGCAGCAGCUGACACUUUCGAUGGGCAGUGGUAAGGGAUCGACGAGCGAGACGAGUGCCAGCGCCAGUGCAGGUGCUGUCGCUAGUGCAGACACGAGCAACACAAGUAUUGUCGAAGCUGCUCCGAGAAGAACCUUGGACACUUUCGGACAAAGAACUUCGAUCUACAGAGGAGUUACUAGGCAUAGGUGGACAGGGAGAUAUGAAGCCCAUCUUUGGGACAACAGUUGUAGGAGGGAAGGGCAGUCAAGAAAAGGUCGACAAGUGUAUUUGGGUGGAUAUGAUAAGGAAGAAAAAGCAGCUAGGGCUUAUGAUCUUGCUGCACUUAAGUACUGGGGAACAUCAACCACAACAAAUUUCCCAAUUAGCAACUAUGAGAAAGAAUUGGAGGAGAUGAAACAUAUGACUAGGCAGGAAUUUGUGGCCUCUAUAAGAAGAAAGAGCAGUGGCUUUUCCAGGGGGGCUUCCAUGUACCGUGGAGUUACCAGGCAUCAUCAACAUGGACGAUGGCAAGCAAGAAUUGGAAGAGUAGCUGGAAACAAAGAUCUUUACUUGGGAACUUUCAGCACUGAGGAAGAAGCAGCAGAAGCCUACGACAUCGCCGCCAUUAAAUUCCGGGGACUCAACGCCGUCACGAACUUCGACAUGAGCCGCUACGACGUCAAGGCGAUCCUCGAGAGCAACACCCUCCCGAUCGGCGGCGGCGCCGCCAAGCGCCUGAAAGAAGCUCAGGCGAUGGAGUCGUCGCGGAAGCGCGACGAAAUGAUCUCUCUCGGCACGACUUUCAAUUACCCCGUCGCCGGAGGGGCCGGGGCCGCUGCUGGCGGCCCCCUCCAGGCAUACCCUCUGAUGCAACACUCGGCGGCGGCGGCGGCGGCUUACGACGCGCCGCCGUUGCUGUCGCUCCAGAACCAGGAACAGCUUGGGCAUUACGGGCAGGAUAACUACCAGAGCUACAUCCAGACUCAGCUCCAGCUCCAGCAGCAGUCGUCGUACGUGAAUUCGACGUCCGGCGGGCAGUACUACGGCAACUAUUUGCAGAGCAAUCCGGUUCUGCUCCACGGCCUGAUGAACAUGGCGGGGUCGUCGUCGGCGGUGAUGGAUAGCGGCGGGAGCUCCGGCGGGUGGUAUGUGGGGAGCGGGUCGGGCUCCGGCGAGGAGAUGCCGAUUGUGAAAGUAGACUAUGAUCAUAUGGCGACGGCGGCGGCGACCGGGAAUUUUGCUGGGUGGAAUGGCGAAACGACGUCGGUUCAUCAGGGUGGAACGAAUCCGGGAGGAGUCUUCAGUAUGUGGAAUGAUUGAGGGUUUUAUUUAGGGUUUAACUUUUAUAUUUCUUUUUUUUAUCUUUUUUUUUUUUUUUAUUUAACGGUCGAGAUUGGAACUUUGUAGGUGUAAUGAAGGGCCGGAUUUCGU